AUGACCAUCCGCGCCCUGAACCAGAACAUCCCACCCUGGGCCUUUGCCGCCAACACAGACGAACAGGGCCCAACUCACCCAUUCUCCUCUCCUCACCCCAACCCCAACCCCUGGGCCUUCCAAUCCGCCCCGAACCAGGUCGGUCGCCCCGGCCACCCCUACCCAUCGCCUUGGGCGGCGCAGCCCCGCGACGGGGACAACACCAACGAGGCCACCCACGAACCCGGUGAGGCCACGGCUCCGCGCAAGCCAUAUUCAUACCCCGGGCCGGCCAAGGGCCACCCACCAUACACCUUCCCCGGCGCGCCCGAGGGCCGCAAACCAUACCCGUUCCCGGGCUACGCGCAGCAGCCACACACCUACCCCGGCCCUCUCCCAUGGCACCAGCCACACGCCUUCCCAGGCGCGGCGGAAGGCAGAAAGCCCUACCCUUCGCCGUGGGGCGAUGACGACGGAACAAAGCCCAAGCCGUUCCCGCGCAAGCCAUAUCCCUACCCGGGACCCGCCGAGGGCCACCAGCCGUACCCGUAUCCGGGUCCCAUUCCCUGGCGCCAGCCCUAUCCGUCCCCAUGGGGCGACGACAACGACAACGAUGUCGAUGAUGACAACAAAUGCAAGCCCGCGUUCCCGCGCCAGCCGUACCAAUUCCCGGCUGCGCAAACACACGGCGCAGGCGAAUUGCCUUAUCAGCAGCCGUCUGACACGUUCCCCGGGUUCCAGCGAGGCGGACCCGGGGGCCGAGGAUGGGGUGCAAAUGCAAAUGGUUACAGUGCACGCACCGGCUUCGACGCACCCCACCACCCUUGGGGCUUCCCUCUCCUCUACUCCAAUCAACAGCCCUAUACGUUCCCCGGAGUCAAAUCCGAUACAUACCAACCCGACGUGGACGUGUUCGACACCCCCGAGGCGUUCGUGAUCCACAUGCCUCUGCCCGGCGCGAAGAAGGAAGAUGUCGAGGUCAGUUGGGACCCCAGGGCUGUGCAGCUUGGUAUUUCGGGGACUAUCGCUCGGCCCGGGUCAGAGGAGCUGCUGAAGACGAUUGCGCUGGAUGAGCGCCGGGUGGGGGCGUUUGAGCGCAAAGUACGACUAGGCGGCCCGGGCAGUGCGCCGAAAGUGGAUGGCGAGGCCAUCUCGGCCAAGUUGGAGGAUGGGGUGCUGGUUGUCGAGGUGCCGAAGACGGAGCCGGAUGAUGUUGAGGUGAAGAAGGUGGUGAUUGAGUGA